UGGCGAGAAUAUGAUGAGCAAUUUCGUUUGAGGCAAGCAUUGAAACCCUCAUCGUGGGCACGUAUUAAUAAUGACCUUUGGUGGAGAUGUGUCCAAACUAGGCCGAAUUCUCCUUUACCAGUUGACAAUACACGAGCACCUCGUGCUCCAUCAUGUAAUCAAUUCAAUGAGGGCAGGUGUAAUUGGCCAAUGUGUAAAUUCCCUCACAUAUGCUCGAAGUGUAGCGCUUUUCACGCCGCCGUGAAUUGUCCGAGUAAUAUGCAACGUCAAGAAUUCUCUGGUAAUUAUACUAACAAUUUUCGGGGAAGGAAUUUCCGAUUCUCAAAAUUCAGAGGGCGAAAUGUUUCCCGUGGUAAUGCCAGGGGUUCAUUCAAAAAAUGAAAAUAUCAAAGAUGCAGAAAAUCUAGAUUUAAUUAAUCUAGCGUUUACCCCGAUAAACUUGAGUGCUCUUCGCCGUUUGGUAACGGGAUAUAAGCAUAAGGAUGCUAAAGUUUUAUUGAACGGUUUUCUUUAUGGUUUUAAUAUGCAUUAUUCGGGGCCGAGAUUAGGCAGGGAAUGUAAGAAUUUACGCUCGGCUUUAUCAAAUCCUAAUGUAGUACAAGCCAAAAUUAAUAAAGAAAUAAACGCCCGUCGUAUGGCCGGGCCUUUUGUAGAUAAACCAAUGCCAAAUUUAAUCGUUUCACCUAUAGGCUUAGUUCCGAAGAAAAUAAAAGGGGAGUUCAGACUUAUACACCAUCUUUCUUUCCCAGAAGGUGAAUCAGUUAAUGAUUAUAUAGACAAAAAAUUUUGUUCUGUGUCAUAUACGAAUUUUGAUGAAGCAGUGGCAAUGAUUCAAAAUUUAGGAAGGCACUGCUACUUGUUUAAAAUGGAUCUUAAAAAUGCUUUUCGAUUGUUACCAAUUAGGCCCGAAGAUUUUGAAGUAUUAGGAUUGAAAUUCAAAAGUUUAUACUACAUAGAUAAAGCAUUACCUUUCGGGGCAUCUGUUAGUUGCAAGACGUUCGAAAAGUUUUCAACUUUUUUGGAGUAUGUCGUUAAGCAGAGGUUAACGUCUGGUGGGUUAAUUCAUUAUCUUGAUGAUUUUCUUGGCGCAGAUAGGUCAUUUACAUUAUGUCGCGCUGCUAUGGACAUAUUCAAAACUUGUAUGGAUGAUUUAAACGUUCCCCUAGCAGACGAAAAAACCGAAGGUCCGAAUAAAAUUAUGGUUUUCUUGGGUAUCGAACUUGAUACGGAUAAAAUGCAGAUACGAAUUCCUAUUGAAAAAAUAACGGAAGUAAUAACAAAAGUUAGGGAGAUUUUAAACAAGAAAAAAGCGUCGUUACGAGAAAUACAGUCCCUUAUAGGUUCUUUAAACUUUUGCUGCCGUGCUAUACCUGCCGGCAGACCUUUUUGCAGACGACUUAUUAAUGCUACAUGUGGCGUAUCGAAGUCAUUUCAUCGCCUUAGAGUAAAUACAGGCAUUAAGCGCGACUUACGUAUGUGGCUAUCAUUUUUUGAAAAUCAUAACGGCAUAUCAGCUUUCCAUGACCGAUUUUGGGUUUCGAACGAGGAAGUUCAAUUAUAUACAGAUAGCGCAGGUGGCUUGGGUUGUGGCUUCGGAAUUUUUUAUUGUAAUCACUGGUGUCAGGCUAAAUGGCCCAAAGCUUGGCAUGAAAGAAAUAUUACAAGCAAUAUAACGGUUCUCGAGCUGUUUCCUAUCUGGAUUGCCAUAAAUAUCUGGGGUAAAGAAUUAAUGAAUAAGAAAAUUAAAUUUUAUUGUGACAAUGAAGCGGUGGUGCACAUAUUAAAUACGUUAACAUCGAAAUCUGAGUUAGUUAUGUGCAUUGUGCGAGCGCUUACGCUAAAAUGUUUGAAAUUUAAUAUCUUGUUGAAAGCAAAACAUAUUCCUGGUUCGCGUAAUGAAAUUUGCGAUGCAUUGUCUCGAUUUCAGGCAACGAAGUUCAGAGAAUUGGCUCCCGAGGCGGAUCUGUGCCCAGUGGUAGUCCCACAAUCACUUUGGAAUAUCUUCAACGAACAACAAUAGAUAUUUGGAUCCUGGGAGAUUCCAUCCCAUACUGGGCCGGUGUAAGAGCCAAUGAAUUAGGAACCCCUAACCUUAAACUUGACGGUAAAUCAAUUGGAUGGUGGGGCAUACGGGGAAUGUCUUGGGACGACUUCCGCCGUUCUGUGGAAUGUAACGUCAUUCUUAGCAAGCCACCUGAUGUUAUAUUAAUUCAUCUCGGAGGUAAUGAUUUGUUGUCUAAAUCUUUGAGAAAAUUAAGAUUUAUUAUUGGUGCCGAAAUUAAGUACUUAAGUGAAGCUUUUCCGGAUUCCGUAAUUAUUUGGAUAGACAUUCUUCAACGUCUUUCAUGGAAUUCCGACGUAUCAAUACAUAAAAUUGAAGAAAGCAGAAAACGAAUAAAUCGCUGGGGUAGGCAGCAAGUUCGUCGUCACCCCAAAUCUGAAGUAAUUUCGGUAGAUAUUGAUUAUAAAACACCUGGUUUCUUCAGGGCGGACGGAGUUCAUUUAUCAAAUAUAGGGUUAGCUUUUUACAUUGAUGCCAUUAAGGAUGUCAUAUUGAAGUACAUUUAAAACUUAAUACAAUGGUCAUAUAAUUGAAUAAGUUGCUGAUACGUCGUUUGAAUUUUCGGGGGAAUAAAUUUUCUUUUGCAUAAAAUUUAUCGUGGCGGCAAAAAUUCAAAGGGACGGGUUGGACAAGCGCAGGUAAAUACAAAAAAGAAGCGAGUUUAACUAAAUUCGUCAUUUGUUAAAUAUUUUUGUUCCUUUGGGCAUACAGAUAAGGGGUAAUCGCUAAACCAAGGUUUUUUCUCCUGGGUAGUGGAUUAUCUCUUGUUUAUAAUUUUGAAAUUUUCAUACUAGAAAUUGCCUGUGAUAAAUCAAGUUUUGAUUUUUCGCGUGUGUACACAACCGCCAGCAUGUCAUUUAUUAUACCGCAAAGUACGCUAAAGCCGUUUUGUCCAUGUACGCCAUUAUGUCCGUUCAGCCAUUCAGUCAGUUUGUUUUGAUUGCGUACAAAAGUGUGUAGCUUUAACAGCGUAUGGCUCGGUUAAGUGGUCGUGUUGCAUGAAGUAAUGGGCAAUAGUGUAUAGUGCCGAGUAAAUCAGUGUGUUGGUAAACUUGUGUGGUUUAAAGUUUUUGCUGGCGGUUAGUAUGUCACUCGGUUGACAGUGAGUGUGAACAGGGUUUUGCCCAUGGAAGUGGCUGGUAAUUCCUAGUUUCACGAGUGUACUAGGCAAUCUUUGGGUAUUAAUAUCUCUUAGAUUAUAAAUUACCUGCGCUUGUCCGCUCGUCCCUCAUCAGGCUCUAAAGUAAGACAAAGGCUUUCUCCUUGCUUGCUUGCUUUUAAUUCGCGGCCAUUUUCUGCCAUUACAAUUUCAUUUAUUAAAUGAUUAAUACUGUAUAUUAGUGAUGUUAUAAAUGAACCUCAUAAGUAAUGCUGGGUGUUUAUUGUUUCAAUAAAAUGUGAAAUUUGAUGAUUGUUUGUGUUCAGCUUCGAAGUCAUAAAAUAAGACGAAUUAUUUCGAUAGCAAAUAAUUGAUUUUAUUUUUGCGCACGAAGUUCACGUGAUUUGUAUACAGCCUUGAUUUUGGCGGUAAAUUAUGCGGAUUACCUCGGUUACGCUAUAUAUCACCGACACAUCCGUUUCCGUCAGCAUUGUACUUGAGAACUUGUGCUGUAAACAUCGCUUGAUAAAAUCCCACCCACCACACCCAUGAGUUUCGCAAAAUUAUCAAGUUUAUAUAGGAAACAAUAUAUUGAACAAUUUAUUUGGUAUGUUCAUAGGUAUUUGAAUUUCUUCAGUUUUUCUGCUGUCAGUCUUAUAUACUUUCAGAAUAGUUUGCGAGUUCUGGGCAGUACUGUCUUCCACACCAGGAACGUACAUCUAUACACAUAGCCGAGUUCACUAACGUAUAUAUCGUCAUACAACUUGUUCUUGGACGAUGCAGCUUGUUCUUGGACGAUGCAGCUAGUUCUCGGACGACGCAACUUGUUCUUGGACGACGCAAUUUUUUCUUGGAUGUAUCAUGCGGAAUUACAUCGAUACUAUGACACAUGGAAAUGAUUUGAUUGAUUAACUAUCUAUAGGUGUACAGUGUUCUUUGUUAUCUAGUUAACGGUGUGGAUAAAUAUGUGAACGAUCUUUUAUAUAUUUUGUUUAUACCAAUUAUGGACAGUACAUUAUACGAUGUUAUCAAUGUUAUAACUCUUAUGCAGAUACAGUGUAUUUAAAUUUGAUUCAAUCGUUUAGUUCUAAUAUUAUACUACUGAUUAUUAUAUUAUAUGUUUAGAUAUAACAGUGUUAUUAUCAAACAAAGCAAUUUGUCGCGAAAAUAUUAAAUGCCAUGGGGGAUGAGUGACAAGACUUGUUUAAAAUUUAAUAUUAAUUCUUAAAUCAUUGAUGGCUAUAUGCUACAUCAAGGUGUAUCUCCUGAGUAGUAAAUAUGCCAUGUACAUAUUGAAUAGACAUGUCAUUUUGGACCAAUACAUGUAAGUAAAUAAGGGGUAAUCGCUAAACCAAGGUUUUUUCUCCUGGGUAGUGGAUUAUCUCUUGUUUAUAAUUUUGAAAUUUUCAUACUAGAAAUUGCCUGUGAUAAAUCAAGUUUUGAUUUUUCGCGUGUGUACACAACCGCCAGCAUGUCAUUUAUUAUACCGCAAAGUACGCUAAAGCCGUUUUGUCCAUGUACGCCAUUAUGUCCGUUCAGCCAUUCAGUCAGUUUGUUUUGAUUGCGUACAAAAGUGUGUAACUUUAACAGCGUAUGGCUCGGUUAAGUGGUCGUGUUGCAUGAAGUAAUGGGCAAUAGUGUAUAGUGCCGAGUAAAUCAGUGUGUUGGUAAACUUGUGUGGUUUAAAGUUUUUGCUGGCGGUUAGUAUGUCACUCGGUUGACAGUGAGUGUGAACAGGGUUUUGCCCAUGGAAGUGGCUGGUAAUUCCUAGUUUCACGAGUGUACUAGGCAAUCUUUGGGUAUUAAUAUCUCUUAGAUUAUAAAUUACCUGCGCUUGUCCGCUCGUCCCUCAUCAGGCUCUGAAGUAAGACAAAGGCUUUCUCCUUGCUUGCUUGCUUUUAAUUCGCGGCCAUUUUCUGCCAUUACAAUUUCAUUUAUUAAAUGAUUAAUACUGUAUAUUAGUGAUGUUAUAAAUGAACCUCAUAAGUAAUGCUGGGUGUUUAUUGUUUCAAUAAAAUGUGAAAUUUGAUGAUUGUUUGUGUUCAG